ACACAUACAGAAUGGCUGGACUCAACUCCCUGGAAGCCGUGAAGAGGAAGAUCCAGGCUCUGCAGCAGCAGGCCGACGAUGCUGAAGACAGAGCGCAGGGCCUACAGAGAGAACUGGACACUGAACGGGAGGGCCGUGAGAAAGUGAGGCGCAGCUACUCCAAGCAUUACGGCCUCCGCUUCCUGUCUCCUCUGUCCUCUCUUCACUACUGACUGAGCUCUGCCGCUCCCUGUCCCCGGCCGUGUUGCUCCCCCUGCCGGCCGCUCUCCUCUCUUCUUUAGACUGCCAGCUCCUUUCUCUGUCAGUAAUAACUCUUCUUCCAUUUCUGCCUCUUUCCAAUCUCUGAGGGCUAGGCUUCAUUUCUAAUGCUCUGCUGAAGGAGAGGUGGCUGCCUUAAACCGUCGUAUCCAGCUGGUGGAAGAGGAGUUGGAUAGAGCCCAAGAGCGUCUAGCUACAGCUUUGCAAAAACUGGAGGAAGCAGAAAAGGCAGCAGAUGAAAGUGAAAGAGGAAUGAAGGUAAUAGAAAACAGGGCCAUGAAGGAUGAAGAAAAAAUGGAAAUCCAAGAAAUGCAGCUCAAGGAAGCCAAACACAUUGCGGAAGAAGCAGACCGUAAAUAUGAGGAGGUUGCACGAAAAUUGGUCAUCCUUGAGGGAGAGCUGGAGAGAGCAGAGGAGCGUGCAGAAGUAUCUGAACUUAAGUGUGGAGAUCUGGAGGAAGAACUAAAAAAUGUCACAAACAAUUUAAAAUCUCUGGAGGCCCAGUCUGAAAAGUAUUCUGAAAAAGAAGAUAAAUAUGAAGAAGAAAUCAAGAUAUUAACAGACAAACUCAAAGAGGCAGAAACUCGGGCUGAAUUUGCAGAAAGAACAGUUGCCAAACUAGAAAAAUCUAUUGAUGACCUUGAAGACAAACUGGCAAAUGCCAAAGAAGAAAACCUGGGAAUGCACCAAGUUUUGGACCAAACAUUACUAGAGCUCAACAAUUUAUAAUGCAAAGUGAAGACAGUUGUGCACACGUGACUCCUUCCUUUAAUGUCUUACAAUCUCUCACUUUUAAUUCUUAACAUUCCAGGGGAAAACUGCAAUGACUGCGACCAAAUAUUUUAUUUUUUAAAGAAGCUGUUCACAAUGAUAAGCUUAUAAACCUGAUGUUAAGUUAAUGCAUUUUUUAAGAAUUCUUUUUAUACUAAGGUCCCAUGUACAUUUAAAGCUAGAAUAAUCACAUGUUCUGUUUGUCUUUAUGUUAUUCUGUUACAUGACCAGUGUGUUGGUAUAACAAUACAAACAAUGUCCUAGGAACUGUUAAAUGUCAUCAAAAAAAUGCAACCAGAAAGUGUUAAUUAUAAUAUUUUUAUUGUUUAUGAAGAAAAAAAAUACUUAACUGGAUAAGUUAAUGUGGCUUAAAAGUCCAAAUUAAAUAUAAAAUGAAAGUUG